CGUUUUUCAAAGAAGAUUGCAGAGAUAUUCACGGUCAUUUUUCCAGAUGUCUAGCGAAAGCACUUUAAACUUCAACUACUCAGGUAAAAAUGGCUUCUUUCCAUGAUGCACAAGGAUUCCGGGGUAACCAAGGUGAAGAGGAAGAUGUUAACGUGAUAUCCGUGGAGCCUAUCGUGAUGAUAGUGCCGCCGGAGUUGCAAGAUUCGCCUAGAACCGCCGCGCUUGAGGGUAAUGCCAGUUCGAGUGUAAGUGGUGGUUCUGAGGGCCACCAGCCUUCAACCUCCAGUGAUUCGCCCACGGAAGAGACAUCUAGUGGGGCAGAGGGCGUUGAGAAGGUUGGUUGCAGUGCACCAGUGACAAGUGCAGCAGCAGAGGUGGUGGUUUUUGAGGGGUGGGAGAGCAAGGUUCUCAGUGGAAGGCUGGAUAACCUUCGCAAGGCUCCCAAAACCCUGCUGGUCGGCUUCAAGUUCAGGGCGGUGCUGCAUCAUGAGGUUGCAGAUGGCGCGGCUACGGUGAAGGGGUAUAAGAAGCUGGAGGAGAUGGUGAGGCGAUUCCACAUCCCCAGGACCAUCUUGAUCCGAGCUGGGACACCAAAUGAACGGGCGUGUUCAGUGUCGCGGACGGGCUGGGUGCCAGUAUACGUAGACCAUUUUGACGCCGGUUUACGUUUUCCUCUGCCCGGACUACUUUUUGAUGUCCUGGCAGAGGAUGCUUGCAAGGGCGGCGGUCUUCAGGUCGCUCUUCUUGUGCUGUUUGUGCCUGUCCAUCAGUGGGACGAGGUGUUCGUGUUCGUGCGGGAUACGCGAACUGACAAGAUUAACAACGAGCUCGCCGCCCGUCUGUCAGAGUGGCGUACGCCGAACACAUACAUGAACUAUCCCCAGCUGACCAGUGGUGAUGUCGACUUGAAGAACCGGCUGCUCGACUAUGUGAAGGCGAGGGGGCAGCAGAGGCAGACAUGGUUUGACGAGCGGCCGCCUGCAGCUCCUGGGCGCGGCUCUCAGCAUAGCGGCUUUCAUCACAGAAGCUCCAGCUCGUCACAGAGGCCACGUGCCGAGCAGAGGGUUGAGCCUGCGCCCUCCAGCUCCAGAAGGCGUGCGAGGGAAGACUCUGACGCUGACGUGGAGGAUAAUGUUCCGCUUAUCCGGCGCAGGACAAGCACUGGUGCGCAGCCCGCCUUUGCUGAUGCUGCGCGACCUGCUAGCGUGCACCAAGUGCCAACUCGCGAGGUUGUUGAGGCCGCACCAACCUCAUCGUCUGUAGUGGGGCCGAGAAUUGCAUACCGGAACGGCUUCAGUUACGCCCGGACUGAGUGUCAGAUUGCUAUGCUGCAGGGUAUGCAGAACUUUGUGCCCCCUGCAGACCGGCUGCGUGCAAAGGGGCAUGUUCAGCAGCAUGGAGGACAUGUUGCGCUAAUAAAGCUGAUGGAUGCGUUCAGCUACACUGUCGCACUCUUUGAGUGCGAGCAAGGGGCCAGGGCGCAGAACAACGAGCUGCAACACAACUGCAAGCAGUUGGCAUUUGAGAGGGCCAGCUUGGCUGACGAGGUCAGCUGCUUGCAGAGCUCGGAGAUGGCCAACCGAGCGGCGUCAGCUGAAAGCCGGGUUGAUGAGCUGGCUCGCAAGGUCACUGAGCUGAGGGAGGAGUUGGACAGAGCUCGGGCUGAGAAGGAGAGCGGCAUUCAAGCUGUAAAGGAUGAGGCCGGCCGUGCAGAGGACCGGGCCAGAAAGGCAGAAGUUGAGAAGGAGAGAACUCUGCACGAGCUGAGUGGCCUGAGGGAGAGGGUCUCACUAGUGGAUCAGCACGUGGCUCAGGCUGAGGCGUCCUUGGAGAGGACCAAAAGACUCCACCAGUGCGACGUCUGCUUUGCCCAUGCACAGGGGGCUGAGUGGCUGGUGGGGGCAGAUAUGUUCCAGGACGCCGUAGCAGUGGCUGAAGCCAACACCACUACGGACAUUUUCAAUGAAGUUCGUGGGAAGGUGUUGGGAGUUCGGGCAGACUUCCCCAUUGGCAAGUUAGCCUUCUUCGAGGGCGAGGAGAUCGAUGCUGACGGGAAGAGCCUCGCCCAGCCAGCUAACACCAGGGUGAAACUGAAGUGGGAGCUCAACAAGGAGGGGCUGCCCGUGUGGCCCCCUUCCGUCGUUGAGGAGGGAAAGGACACGGAGGGGUUGCCAAGCUUCGAUGCUUGGGUGGCUGACCCCCAUGACGUGCCUGCUGAGCCUUCCAGCACUCCCUCCUCCGCUCAGCCUUAGCCCACACCAGCCGCUGCUCCUGCCCUUUCUCCUGCUCUCCCUCUUCCAGAUCGGCCAUCUCCUGCUCGGUCUACUACGGAGCCUAACAACGCAUCCGUCCCCGUCGACCUAACGGAUGACUAACUUAGGGUUUUUUAUUCUCUUUUUGUAUUUCUUUUUGUAUUUUUGUGUUAAUCAAUGAACUCAUUUACC